AGUUUCCCCACGUUGAAGUUGUGAGGAAGAAAAGUGAGAGGGAGAAACUAGAGGGAUUCAGCUGCAGGGAGUGUUAUGAGGUAAAAGUGGUCCACAACUUGCUGAUGAUGGGCAGAGUGCAGCAAUGGUUUGUGAAAGAGGGUAGUACAAUGACUGGCUAUUGGUAUGAUGGGGAUAGAACAGGAAUGGUUUAUAGUUGAUGCAGAAAUCCGUUUCCAUUUUUAUACCUUAUCUUACAGCAUGGAUGAUACAUUUCCUUUCACAGACAGGGGCAUUGAUGUGAAUCUAAUAAAAAAUUAUAGAAAGCUUGGGAUGUAGAAGAAGGCUCUUCGUCCUUGUCAGAUAUUAAUUUUUCUCUUUUCAAUCUUAAACAUUUUUGUGACUUAAAUUUACAAAAAUAAAUAUUUCAAAAUCCCUCUUAAAAGAAAGAAAAAAACUCAGCAUCCAUUGAUGGAGUACCGGUAUGCCAAAAACACUACCAUGUUUGGCACCUGGUUAUGUAGCAUGUUUAAUCCAUUUUUGGUUCACAGUGUUAUUUUUAAUUUGCUCAGACUGAAUACUCUUAUUAAUUUCUUGAACCUGCUAAAUAACUGUCUUGGUGCACAACACAGUCCAUUCCAUUUGUAUCAAUAACUAUUUCUUAUUCUUGACAUUUCAGUAUUACAAAACAUCUGGCCUGUCUGAAGAGGAGAUGAAGCAGAGGAUGAACCAAUGUUCCAGGCACAGACAUAAAUUUGUGGCGCCUGCCACCCCAGAGCAUUUCUGGUCUCUAGGUUUCCCUGACACAGCCGAAAU